AAAGAUUAAUCAGUGAAAAUUGGAAAAUAUUGGUUUUAUAGAAUUAAUGGAAAAAGAAACAGAAAUACUGUAUAAGAUAUAUGAAAAAUAUGGUCAAGAACAUGUAUUUGAGUUUUAUGAAACAUUAUGUGAAAAAGAACGGGAAGAAUUUCUUAAACAGAUAAAAACUAUAUGUCCAGAUAGUUUUAAUAGAAUUCUACUUAAAGCAAUUAAAGAAAAAGACCAAAAAAUGAAAGGAGAGAUUGAACCGAUAGAUUUAGAUAUGUUAGGAUCUACAAUUGAAGCGAGUGAGGAAGAGCUUUUUAGAUGGAAGUCUAUAGGACUUGAAAAUAUUUUUUAUAAUCGUGUUGCUAUUAUUUUACUUGCGGGUGGACAAGCGACAAGACUUGGAACAAAUGUACCUAAAGGAUGUUUUGAUAUUGGACUUCCAUCUCAUAAAUCACUUUUUCAAUUGCAAGCAGAGCGUAUUCGACGUCUUAUAAGAAUUGCUCAAAUAAAAUAUAAUAGUUCAAAGCCUGUUAGUAUUCCAUGGUAUAUUAUGACAAGUGAUUUGAAUCGAUCUGCCACAGAAGAAUUUUUUUCUAAACAUAACUUUUUUGGUCUUGAGAAAGAUAUAAUUUUUUUUAAUCAAGAAGAUAUUCCAUGUUUUUCUUAUACAGGAAAAUUUAUUCUUGAAACUAAGUCUAAAAUUGCGGUUUCACCUAAUGGAAAUGGGGGGAUAUAUAAGGCGCUUGUUAAUUCGAAUAUUUUAAAUGAUUUAAUAGAUCGUAAAAUUCAACAUAUACAUUGUUUUUGUGUGGAUAAUUGUCUGGUUCGAGUAGCAGAUCCUAUAUUUAUUGGGUUUUCAAUUGAACGGGAUCUUGAUGUUUCUACUAAAGUAGUUCGAAAACAUAAAGCUUCUGAAAAAGUUGGACUUGUUGUUUUAAAAAAUGGGAAACCUUCUAUUAUAGAAUAUAAUGAAAUUGAUACUAAGAUUUCUGAGACAUUGGAUGAAUCAUCAAAUCUCUUGAAAUUUCGUUUAGGAAAUAUUGCUAAUCAUUAUUUUAAUAGACGAUUUCUUUCUAAAAUAAUAGAAUUCGAGUCUAAAUUACCUUAUCAUAUAUCAGAAAAGAAGGUACCUUUUUAUGAUAAUGAAUCUAAAAAAACAAUUAUUCCUGAAACUCAAAAUGCUAUUAAAUUGGAAAAAUUCAUUUUUGAUGUAUUUUCAGAAGUUUCGUUAAAUAAGUUUGGUUGCUUAGAAGUUGCACGUUUUGAUGAGUUCUCUCCUCUUAAAAAUUCAUUGGAAAUUGAAGAAGAUAAUGCCAAUACUUCUAAAAGGGAUAUACUUUUGCAAGGAAGAAGAUGGGUUGAACAAGCUCAUGGUAUUUUAAUAGGCAAUCCUUUUGAUGGCAUUGAAAUUAGUCCACUUAUAUCGUAUGCAGGUGAAAAUCUUGAAUUCAUGCAAGGAAAAUGUUAUCAAGUAUUAUCAAUUAUUGAAAAUUAAUUAUAAAUUUUAUUUAAAAAGGUAUACAAAUUCAUAAUAUUAGAAA